GCAGCCGGUGCCACUCGGCAUCUUCUGCUGGCCACGGGCGACACCGGCUGUGCCAUGGCCACCUGCCCCGAGCUGCAGCAUGGGCAAGAGAUAAAACGUUUCCUGAAGGAGGACUCGGACGAGGCUGAGCUGACCCAGUUCCUGCGGGAUUGCCCACCAGCUGACGGCUCCAGGAAGGUGGAGGCCCCGGAGAGCCGGCGGGAGCCUGGCCACCCCUUGGGCGGCGUGGCCAGGGUGCCUCCGGACGAAGCCAGUGACGAGAGGGACGCCAGGAUCUUCUCCCGCUCUCGGCCCUCGGAUUUCCAGCAGCACAUCGCUGCCCCCCCGCCCCCCAGCCCCAACCCCCCGCCCCCCAGCCCCAACCGCCCGCGGAGCCCCUGGGGGCAGCUGGACCCCUACGACUCCUCCGAGGAUGACAAGGAGUACGUGGGCUUUGCCACGCUGCCCAACCAGGUGCACCGCAAGUCGGUGAAGAAGGGCUUCGACUUCACCCUCAUGGUAGCAGGGGAAUCCGGGCUGGGCAAAUCCACCCUGGUCAACAGCCUCUUCCUGACGGACAUGUACAGGGACCGCAAGCUGCUCAACGCUGAAGAGCGCAUCACACAGACAGUGGAGAUCACCAAGCACGUGGUGGACAUCGAGGAGAAGGGGGUCAAGCUGCGCCUGACCAUCGUGGACACGCCAGGCUUUGGGGACGCCGUCAACAACACCGAGUGCUGGAAGCCGGUGGCUGACUACAUCGACCAGCAGUUCGAGCAGUAUUUCCGUGACGAAAGUGGCCUCAACCGGAAAAACAUCCAGGACAACCGAGUGCACUGCUGCAUCUACUUCAUCUCGCCCUUCGGCCACGGGCUCCGGCCCCUGGACGUGGAAUUCAUGAGAGCUCUGCACCAGCGCGUGAACAUCGUGCCCGUGCUGGCCAAGGCUGACACCCUGACCCCCGCCGAGGUGGAGCGCAUGAAGAACAAGAUCCGGGAGGAGAUCGACCACUACGGCAUCCGCAUCUACCAAUUCCCUGAGUGCGACUCGGACGAGGAUGAGGAGUUCAAGCUGCAGGACCAGGCACUGAAGGAGAGCAUCCCCUUCGCCGUCAUCGGCAGCAACACGGUGGUGGAGGCCAAGGGCCGGCGCGUCCGCGGGCGCCUCUACCCCUGGGGCAUCGUGGAAGUGGAGAACCCGUCCCACUGCGACUUCGUGAAGCUGCGGACGAUGCUGGUGCGGACGCACAUGCAGGACCUGAAGGACGUGACGCGGGAGACGCACUACGAGAAUUACCGCACGCAGUGCAUCCAGAGCAUGACCCGCAUGGUGGUCAAGGAGCGGAACCGCAACAAGCUGACCCGGGAGAGCGGGACGGACUUCCCCAUCCCUGUGAUCCCCCCGGUGCCGGACGUGGAGACGGAGAAGCUCAUCCGGGAGAAGGACGAGGAGGAGCAGCGACCCGCCCGUGGCUGUGCCCCCCGGCAGGAGCAGCGACUCGCCCUGCGGAGCCUUGCGAUCCUUGCCCUGCUGCCCCGGCUCACACCGGGACGCUCCUGA